AUGAGCAGAGGAGGUGCAGUGGUUUCUACUGGGCAGCAGAGGCCCCGUAGAGCGGAUGAGAGAGACGAAGCUACCGCUGCUUUCUGCUGCUGCUGCAACAAGAGACAGGACGCGUCUUGGAUCACAAAUAGAGAUGCAGGGCGCAUGCGCACUGCUCUCCGUUUACUGUAUGAUAUUCGCCGUGGUGGAAAAAAGGGGGGCAGGAGGCAACAAUCGGGGUUUUUGAAAGCAGCAAAAAAAAAAAAAAAAAAAAAAAAACACGACGAAAUCAUCUUUUGGAUGGGGUGUUAAAAACGGACCUUUAUCAACAGGUAGAAUUUGGAUUCAUCUCCCGUGAUUACCGCUUUUAUUUUUAUUUUUUAUUUUUAUUUUCUUUUAUGGAGGCUGUGGACAUGAUUCGGGUCUCGUCGACGUGAGGAUCGGCGCCGCUGUUGUGUUUUAUCGAAGCAAGUAAGACGCUGAGAUUGCUCCAUCAUCGAAUCCUGCUGCUUUUUUUCCAUCUUUGACACUGGCUGGAGGACGAUUUAUUUUAUCACAAAAAGCCGUGUGAUGAGACAAAGGAACAAAGGAUGCCUUAGAGGAGAGGUUGCCUAUAAGCCCGGAAACCUCCUCAAAGCACACCGCAGCCAAAUGGAUCUAACGCCUCCCCUCGCCGCCGCCGCCGCCACCUCCUCCAGAUCAUGAUACUAGGCUGAAGCUAUCCCCCGCUUAUCUUUAUGAUCCCUCCUCCAUCUAUGGCGAACUAUAGCCAUGCAGGGGACCACACCAUCUUGCAGAAUGUCUCUCCUCUCGCCACGUUCCUUAAACUGACCUCCCUGGGUUUCAUCAUCGGCGUCGGUGUGGUCGGGAACCUCCUGAUCUCCAUACUGCUGGUCAAAGACAAGAGCCUGCACCGAGCACCUUACUACUUCCUGCUGGACCUGUGCGCCUCUGACAUCCUGCGCUCGGCCAUCUGCUUCCCCUUCGUCUUCACCUCGGUCAAGAAUGGCUCGGCGUGGAGUUACGGCACGUUGACCUGCAAGGUGAUCGCCUUCCUGGGCGUGCUGUCUUGUUUCCACACGGCGUUCAUGCUCUUCUGCGUUAGCGUCACGCGCUACCUGGCCAUCGCCCACCACCGCUUCUACACCAAGAGGCUCACCUUCUGGACCUGCCUGGCCGUCAUCUGCAUGGUGUGGACGCUGUCGGUGGCCAUGGCCUUCCCGCCGGUGCUCGACGUGGGCACCUACUCGUUCAUCCAGGAGGAGGACCAGUGCACCUUCCAGCACCGCUCCUUCCGGGCCAACGACUCGCUGGGCUUCAUGCUGCUCCUGGCGCUCAUCCUGCUGGCCACACAGCUGGUUUACCUCAAGCUCAUCUUCUUUGUCCACGAUCGCCGAAAAAUGAAGCCGGUCCAGUUUGUGCCUGCCGUCAGCCAGAACUGGACCUUCCACGGGCCCGGGGCGAGCGGGCAGGCGGCCGCCAACUGGCUGGCCGGAUUCGGUCGAGGCCCGACUCCGCCUACUUUGCUGGGUAUCAGGCAGAACAGCAACGCAGCGGGCCGCAGGCGUCUCCUGGUGUUGGAUGAGUUCAAAACAGAGAAGAGGAUUAGUAGGAUGUUCUACAUCAUGACCUUUUUCUUCCUGGCGCUCUGGGGGCCUUAUCUGGUGGCCUGCUACUGGCGGGUGUUCGCCAGGGGUCCCGUGGUCCCGGCAGGCUACCUGACGGCCGCCGUGUGGAUGAGCUUUGCCCAAGCCGGGGUCAACCCGUUCAUCUGCAUCUUCUCCAACAGAGAGCUGCGGCGCUGCUUCAGCACUACGCUCCUCUACUGCCGGAAAUCCAGGUUACCACGGGAACCCUACUGCGUUAUAUGAAGGUUUAUACCCCACCCCCCACCCUCCCUUCCUCAUCAAUCGGGGCUCUUGUACAGCUCUUUUUCCUCUCUCUUUUUCUCUGCUAGCUUUUCUCCUCGUCCCUCCUUUCCAGUGCCAAUCAUUGGUGAUCCCAAAUAAAGGAGGAGUGCAACAGGGCUCUGUGGAUCGUCCCCUGUUGUUUAAAACGGAAGGCCAUGCCCGUGCAGAGAAGCAAAAAGUUGAAAAAGUCAACAACAAAAAAAAAAUAGGAAAAAAAAAAAGACAAAAACAAAACAAAGUCUUUGGAUUUUUUCAAGAUUAUUCUGUGAGGUGUGAAAUAUAUAUUAAAAAAAAAAGAAAUGAUACUCCUCAAGGAAUCACUGGUUUUACAUUUUCAAGAGUUGCACUACUAAAAAAAAAAAAAAAAAAAAAGACUUUUUUUGCUGUUGUUGUUGCAAGGACAACGUUUAUUCCCUCCUAAACAAUGAAUGCUUUAAUUUGCAACAGACUACACACAAAAAUCGCUGUAAGUAAGGCAAAUGGUGUUGGGGCGACACCACCACAGGAGGAUGAAGUGGUUUUAAUGUAAGUGGUAACCUUUUUUUAUUUAUAAACGGACGGGCUUAAAAAACAGUUUUUGAUGUGAAGUUUCAACUAGCAUUGCUAUCAUGUAGUUUUAUCCAUACAGUAUGUCCCUAUAAUAGUGUCUGGCAUUGUUAUUUUUAUUUUACA